UGCCUUUCCCUGCACCCACCCCUUUCCUCUCCCCUUCCUUCCUUCGAGUCUACUCCUUCUCCUCUCCCCCCAAAUCACCAAACCCGGUGCGAAAUCGGACGCAGAUUUGCGCCGAGGAAGCGCGUAGACCCCGCGUCCAUGGCCGCCGCCGCGUUCUCCAUCAGGGAGUAUGCGGCGAGCAUGAGGGGCGGGACGGCAGCGGAGGGGCGGCGUCUCUUUGGAAUCGAGGAUCUCCCUCCUCUCAGGGCGCCGAGGUGCCGGUGGUGGGCGGACGAGGUCGCCUCCACCUUGGCAGCUGCAGCUCCUGCGGGGUCCCCGAGGAGGGCGCCAGCGAAGGCCAAGCCGCCGAAGAAGCGAUCCCUUUCGGACCUCUUCGCCGCGUCACCUCCCUUGGCUCUGCCCCCUGCCAGUGAUACCGGAUGCAAAGAGCAAACGGAGGUCGACGGCGACGAGGCCCUGCGCGCGAUCGCGAGGCGGGCCAAGGAGGAGAAGAAGCGAAAGAGGAAACGCCAAGAAGAGGACGAGACGGCGGUAGCGGCUGCCGCGCCGGAGAGCAGCGGAGGCCGAGAGCCCGAGGGGAAUUUCGCUGGCAGAAAGGAAGCACUUGAAAAUCCAGACCUGUUUGCUGGACUGGAUACUCACUCAUCAUGGAAACCUGAGGUUUCACAACAAUACAGAGAAAAGAUAUCUGAGAGAAGGAAGCAGGCGAAGAUCAAUAAUAUAAAUAAGAAGGCUGACACACGAAAGCACAUCGACAACAAUAAAGCCAACAAAGCAGGAAAACCACGAGAUCUGGAAAAUUUUAUCCCUAGGAAUGGCAUUCUGAAGUGCACAAAGCACACAUCAGUGAAAAUGGUCAAAGAGAAACGUGGCAGUUCAGAAGGCAAGGAAGUAAUAGAACUCUGCUGCAAAUCAGUGAAACGUGUGAAAUUCUCAGAAGCUGAUGCUAUACUUGAGCUACCAGAACGAGAAAGUCUUUGCAAGAUGUUUUCAGAUGCUAUGGCUUCUUCAUCGUCGUCCUCGUCAUCAUCAUCGUCAUUCACGUCCACCGAAGGAGACAAAUGCAUAACUACAGAAAGUGGUAGUUCUCAUAUGCCCAUGGAAGCUUUUACUAAGGCGAAAGAAGCAAAUAAGAAUUCAGAUCAUGAGGAUUCUGCUGACAAAUGCAUAAGUGCAGAAACUGGUACUUCUCAUAUUCCCAUGGAAGCUUUCACUAAGACGAUAGAAGCGAAUAAGAAUUAUGAUCAUGAGGAUUCUACUGAGCCUGGUAACAGAGAGAUGUCCCCUCCUUUGAUUGAUCUGAAUAUGGCACUACCGGAAUCUACUGAAUUGGACCAUAGGUAUGAUUCAUAUUCAGUGGUGCUAAAUCUGGAGCAUACACAUGAGGAAACUUUAAGUUCUGUUGUCGAAUUGCUUGAUGGGAGAGAAAACCGGAUGAAUUUUUCUGUUGAUUCACAGAGACUGGAAAGCGAAGAAUCUACUGCUGACUUGGAAAUAAUAACGAAUUCAAGUUCAGCAAGCACAUUUUUGCAUGGUGAGGCGAUAAAAGUUUCUGAUGUAAAUGCUGCUGGUCCUCCAUUGAGCUUAACUGAACUUGCUGAGACUCAUCGUGGUUGCAGUAAUGUUUCAGUAAAAGAUACUAUGACUAUGAGUACGACUCCUUGUGCAUUGCCAGAUCAUACAUUUCAGGAUUCAUUUCGGCAGCAGCAGGGUUGGUUCUCCACCAGCGACAAAUUUUCUUCCUGGCCAUCUCAUGAAUCUAAUGUGUCGCACAGCAAGGAGUUAAAUUUUCAUGCUGAGUUGCACGUGCCUCAUGAGAAUGGACCUUCCACAGGACAGACAGUUCGUUUGAUGGGUAAAGAUCUGCCAGUUUGCACGACCAGAUUUUUCGAGACUGCACAGAAGCAUACAGGUACUUUCACCAGUGAUUAUCUGAACUUAAAUGUGUUCUUGCCACAGCAAGGACAGCCUUUUCUCUCUUUACAAGGUCAGAAUUUCCCCAGUGAUACAGUAAAUUCUACCAGUACAAUUCAUGCUUCAACAUACCAUGCAAGUACAAGUCAGGCACGGACUACACAUGAUUACAGCCACCCUUUCCCGGCAACUAAUGUACUUUCUGGAGAUCAGUUGCCAUACGAAGACAGGUUUGUUGAUUUUUCAAACUCGCAGACCAAUUGGUCUUUUCAACUGGGGUGCCCACCUCCUCCCAAACGUGGCAGUGCAGCAUUCGAACAGAAUUCCCCGUCGCGCCGUUAUUAUUCUGAUCCUAUCACUAUUACAGAACCACCCACAGCACCACCUUUGCCUACAACCAGACAGCACGGCACACCGUCUUCAGGUUUCCAUGCCAAUUUGCCUCAGCCACAUGUUGUGCAUCCUGUAAGCUCGUCAGUUUGUCAUCUUAAUUCUGUGGGUUUUACAUUCAACCAUCCAGACCGGGUAGUCCAAGCACCUUCCAACAGCAUAAGAGAUGCGACCUUUUCAGCCAGAACAACAGAUAACAGAGUGGGGAGUGCAGUUCUUGGCAAUUCCAGUGCUUCACCUAGUGGUCGGUAUGUGCAGAUGAGAUCAGGCCCAGUGAAGCUCACUCCUGGGGUAAGGCAUGUACUGGUGCCAAACGAUGGGACAGGUGAUGACGAUUCCGCGCCUGUGUACUCCUGUGUUCCGUUGGGAAGUAGGAGCACAAAUGGUGCAGGUUCUCGGAACAAAGGAGCAUGAUACUCUUAGUGGAACUUUCGCUUGGUUGCAGUUGCAUGAAUCUAUAAAACACCGGCACUGUUUUUAUUCAAUUUCAUUCAUUUAGUUGGAACCUUUUGAAAAAUGUUUGUUACAUUUUGUUGUUGUAACAGCUUUGUUUGCUUCGUUUGUAGUUAUUUCGUCAGCUGAACCUGAAUCCAUGGUUGGUAUAACCAAAGACAUGUUCUCUGCUGGAGUAUUUCUGUAUUGUUA